AUGGAUGAGGAUAAGCUCCCAUCUGUACUGCCUGGGGAAGAUGGUGCCACCCGGGACCCCAGCCUGGAGCCUGCGGAGGAGCCCCCAGUCCAGAAUGGAAUGACGGCCAGCGAGGACCUGAAUAGUAGCCACAACAGCCCAGGACGUGAGAUGAGGGGCACCCUGGUGGACACUGAGGAGCCCACAAAGGGCCCGGACAUGGCCCUCCAUGGCCUCAGCCUUGGCCUCUCCCUCACCAAUGGUCUAGUCCUGGGGCCAGACUCGAACAUUCUUGAUGAUUCUACGGGGUCCAGGCCCUGGAGGGCGGGUGGGCUAGCAGAAGGCGAAGAUGCCUCUCGGAGCUUUUGUCCAGACACUGAGGACCUUCAAUCAGGGCUGGGUGGCCCUGGAGAGCCAGAUGUCCGGGACGGCUUCAGUGCCACGUUUGAGAAGAUUGUGGAGUCGGAACUGCUACGGGGCACCCAGUACAGCAGCCUCGACUCCCUAGACGUGCUGAGCCUCACGGACGAGAGCGACAGCUGUGUCAGCUUUGAGGCUCCCCUUACACCCCUCAUCCAGCAGCGGGCCCGUGACAGCCCUGAGCCAGGGAGUUCUGUGGGCCUUGGGGACAUGGGGCCCGCAGGGGACACGGGAGCAGCCGGCGGUGAGGGGGAGCUGGGCAGCCCCCUGCGGCGUUCCAUCUCCAGCAGCCGCUCAGAGAAUGUCCUGAGCUGCCUGUCUCUCACGGCCGUGCCCAAUGGCUUCCAUGAAGAUGGACUCCAGGGCCCAGGCGGGGAUGAGGAGGAGGAAGAGGAGGAGGACACGGACAAGCUGCUGAACUCGGCCAGUGACCCCAGCCUCAAGGAUGGCCUGUCCGACUCGGACUCAGAGCUGAGCAGCUCGGAGGGGCUGGAGCCUGGCAGCACAGAUGCGCUGGCCAACGGGUGCCAGGGGGUCAGCGAAGCUGCUCGGCGGCUGGCUCGCCGCCUCUACCACCUCGAGGGCUUCCAGCGCUGUGACGUCGCCCGGCAGCUGGGCAAGAACAACGAGUUCAGCAGGCUGGUGGCCGGGGAGUACCUCAGCUUCUUCGACUUUUCAGGCCUGACUCUGGACAGAGCACUCAGAACCUUCCUGAAGGCCUUCCCGCUGAUGGGGGAGACACAGGAGCGAGAGCGGGUCCUCACUCACUUCUCCCGCCGGUACUGCCAGUGCAACCCCGAUGACAGCACCUCGGAAGACGGGAUCCACACGCUCACCUGUGCCCUGAUGCUGCUCAACACGGACCUGCAUGGACAUGUCACGUGCUCCUCCUACCCAUCAUCCCACAAGUCCGAAUGUGGCCCAUCGAAGCGCCACACCCCAGGUAGCCCCUACCUGUCGAAUGGCAGUUUCCCUCCAGAGGCGUUCUCGUCACCCUGCCCCCCACCAGCCAAACAGUGGAGUGACAGGUGGUAA